AACUGCACAUUUUAUAAAUUUCAUGUUACUAUUUAUAUCACUUGGCUUGCAAUUAAAAAAAAAUUCAACGAAAGAAAACCGACAAAUAUUCGUUGAACAGCGUUAAACGGUUUCUUUCGACAGUGGCAUAUUUCAUAAAAUACUGACAGGAUACGCUUGCAAAAAAAUUGCUUGCUAGUUAGCAAGCUAUCGUAGCCGGUAGUAGCUAGCUAGUUUUGAUUGUCCCGGAAGUGAGGUGGCCACUUGGAGGAACAAGCCAAAGAUAAACACGUAUCAGAAAGGCGUAUUUGGGGCUGGGGUAGUUAUACAUGCUAGCGAAAUAGACAUAGAAAUGCAUAACGAAUGGAAAAGAAAUUGGUCGUGAGAUAGCUGCUUCACCUAAGUGGAUGGUGGAGGGAGUCGAUAUAUAUUGUAAUUAUAGGAAAGCACUAGUGAACGCCUAAAAGGCGUAGCAGCAAGCUUAACAAGUGCAUUCUUUCAGAAGCGAAAGCGACAUCGAGUCGUUUUAGAUACCUGCGCAAUGGUGCGUGCAGCCUUGGUGACUGCUACCAGUCUGGCGCUGACCGGAGCAGUAAUUGCCCAUGCCUAUUUCCUCAAACACCAGUUCUACCCCACUGUGGUCUACCUUACAAAGAGCAGCCCCAGUAUGGCUGUCUUGUACAUACAAGCAUUUGUGUUGGUGUUCCUGUUGGGAAAAUUCAUGCGUAAAGUCUUCUUCGGACAGCUCAGAGCUGCAGAGAUGGAGCAUCUGAUUGAGCGGUCCUGGUAUGCCGUGACGGAGACGUGCCUGGCCUUUACUGUGUUCAGAGAUGACUUCUCUCCACGCUUCGUAGCCCUUUUCACCCUGCUGCUCUUCCUCAAGUGCUUCCACUGGCUGGCUGAGGACAGGGUAGACUUUAUGGAGAGGAGUCCUAAUAUAUCUUGGGUCUUCCACUUCAGGGUGUUAUCUCUGAUGGUGCUACUGGCUGUUUUGGACUUCCUGUUCGUCAACCAUGCCUGUCACAGCAUCAUAACACGGGGAGCUUCAGUCCAACUGGUUUUUGGGUUUGAGUAUGCCAUCCUGAUGACCAUGGUCCUCACCACCUUCAUCAAGUACACCCUCCAUACUGUGGACCUCCAGAGUGAAAACCCCUGGGACAACAAGGCUGUCUACAUGCUGUAUACUGAGCUCUUCACUGGUUUCAUCAAAGUGCUCCUUUAUAUGGCGUUCAUGACCAUCAUGAUCAAGGUCCACACCUUCCCCCUGUUUGCCAUCAGGCCUAUGUACCUGGCCAUGAGGCAGUUCAAGAAAGCUGUAACUGACGCAAUAAUGUCUCGGCGAGCCAUUCGCAACAUGAAUACACUUUAUCCAGACGCCACUCCUGAAGAUCUGCAGGCUUCGGACAAUGUGUGUAUCAUCUGUCGCGAGGAGAUGGUGACCGGCGCCAAGAAGCUCCCCUGCAACCACAUCUUUCACUCCAGUUGCCUGCGCUCCUGGUUCCAGAGACAGCAGACAUGUCCGACGUGUCGUAUGGAUGUCCUCAGGGCCUCCAACCCCAACGCCGUCCCAGCCCCGGCCCAGGCUCCUGCCCCGGCAGCACCAGUGAACGCCCCUGUUCCAGGUCCACCAGGGAACGUUGCCCCUGGAGUGAUGCCCCAUUUUCCCCCUGGUCUAUUUCCCUUCUGGGGCCCCUUCCCUGGCGCAGCACCUGCCGCUGGGGCCCCAGAUGCCCCUCAGGCCCCAGAAGCAGCUCAAGCACAGGGAACAGGCACCAGCCACUCCACUGGGCCCGGUACAGCUGGGGCUGCUCCUGCUCCAGACGGCCCAAUGCCUGGGUUCCCCUUCCCCUCCUUCCCACCACCACCAUUCCCAUCGGCUCCCUGGCUCCCAAUGCCACCACCUCCGCCAUUUGCGUCCUCCAUGCCGCCCCCUCCUGCGUCCCUGUCCACCAUGUCGGAGGCGGAGCUCAGGGAGUUGGAGCAGGAGGGCCGACGGGGAUUGGAGGCCAGGCUACAGUGUCUCCACAACAUCCACACCCUGCUGGACGCUGCCAUGCUCAACAUCCACCACUACCUGACCACCGUGGCCACACUCACACCUCCUCGUUCAGAGAGCAGCAGUGCUGUUGGGGAGGCCAGUGGAACCUCUCCGCCGUCAGCUAGUGCAGAAACCCAGGAGAACCAGGAGGUGGACACUCAAAUCAGUACAGUCACCGAACCUGAAGCUGUGAACGGGGCGACAGGUUUCUCCCAGCCGGACUCGACCACGUUGGAGAAGAGUGAGGAGAAAAGUGAGGAGGGGGAGGUGGAAGAGGCAGGUGAUGUUGGAGAAGAUGGGGAGCCCAGCCCUUCAGAGUUGAGGCGCCGUCGCCUCCGCAAGUUGGAGACAUCACCCCCUCCUCCUGACCAUUGAUAUAUAUCUGCUGACACAUUCUGGAAACUGACUUAUCAAUACGUUCUUAUUGAUUAGCAAUCAAUAACACGUUUUCUUUAUGUCCGACUCUCCUCUUCCCCUCUCCUGGCUGAGUUUUGUGCUAUUUGAAACUCUGACAAACAAGAGAGGAAGAAUUGCAGUUAUCCAGUUCCGGAUUCACUUUUGUUGUUGUCGUUGUUGGAACACAUAGAAGCUUUUUUGUAUUCUUCUAAUCGCUGUCAGAGCAUGGGCAGGUUUGAUGGCCUCUUAACCCAGGACUGAGAACUGAUAUUCAAUCACAACCUUGCCUGUGACACGAUUCUUGAUCAGUGACAAAGUGGACAUACAGCGUUUUGAAGUCUCAGGUCACUCGCGCUUUUUGUUUUACCUGCCGUUACUUCUGCCCAUGGAGCAAAUCCAGCUGAGGGAGGUGGCUUUUUCCUUUCUUUUUAACUGUAAAAUGUAUCGGCCUCGUGGUCUGACUCAAUUAGUUAGAGCUAAAUCAGUCUGAACAGCAGGACGGUUUUCUAAGACAUGGCACCAUAUUCCCUAGAAAGUGCACAGGGCUCAGGUCCAGAGCAGUGCAGAAUAUAUGGAAUAUGAAAUAGCCACAGUGUGGAGGACAGUAUAGUACUUUAGUUUUUGUUUAAAAAAUAAUACUCUGAUUUCUGGGACGUGUAGAUUUUGCUCUGAAUGCCGGCUGGGUUAUAAGUUAACAAGUGGGUUGAUUUAACCUGUACAUACUGUAAAAAGAGUUUUAAUAGGAUGUACAUACCGCAGAAUAUUUCAAAUUAAACGUUGCUGUCACCACUGCUGACAUGUUUGGAUGUA